AUGUCUGUGGUGUCGACGUCGGAUCUCAGCUCGCUGGAGGCGAUGCUGAACUCGCUGAUGGGGAGGUCCGGAGGAGGAGAGGUAACGCAAAUGGACGACAACGACGAAGAGGGUGAAGAGGAGGAGGAAGCCCUCGAGUCGCCACCGCCACCGCCGCCGCCGCCGUUGCCCGUGCUGCCGACCCUGCGAGGCCGUCUCCCGUCGCUGCGGAGGGUCCCUGGGGCCGCCGCCGCGGGGCCGUGGACCCCGCCGUCGCCACCGCCACCUCACAAGGGGGGCGAGGACGACGCUGCUGCGGAGGUUUCAGGCUCGGUGGCGGAGCUGGAGAGGAAGGCGGCGGAGGCGGAGGCGCGGCUGCGGCAGAAAGAGGAGGAGAACGCGGCGCUGAGGCGGCGGAUUGAGAGCUACCACAUCAGGUGGCUGGAGUACGAGAUCAGGAUCAAGUCCCUCGAGGAGGAUUUCCACGAGCAACUGGCGUCUCUGCAGAUGGCUCGGGACGCUGCACGGAUUGCUCAAGAGUUACCCUACGUCGACCUCCAUGAAUUCUCCGAGCCUCGCAUGAUGAAGCUGCCCGGUGAGGAGGCAUCGCCGAGGCUGCGGCAGGCAGGCAGCCGCCGCAGUGCGGACGGCGGCAGACGAAUUAGUGCUGUGGGCCGGCUCGGCGCGGAGUUCCGGCGGGGGAGCCAGGCGCUCGAGAAGGGCGUGGCGGCGCUGACCGUCGAGCAGAGGCCGUGGCAGCCCGGCGUCCCGAGCGCGGGCUCCUUCGGUGACCUGAGGAAACUCAAGGCGCAGUUCCGCUCGUGGAAGAAAGAUUACAAGGUCCGGCUGCGCAAGGCCAAGGCGGAGAUGGACAGGGACAGAAGGCGUCAGAGCAGCUGCUGGAUUUGA